AAUAACAAAUGAAAUAUAUCCGUUAUUUUACUUUUUAUUAAUUUUCAUUUCACGUUUUCUUCUCGAAAUCCUUAUUUUUCAUGUUUUUUCUUGUUGUUGAAAUAUAUUCUUUUAGUUAAUUGUUUUGAAAAAUAAUAGAAAAAAAAAACAACUUUAAUUUACAAGUUAAAAAGAAAGAAAUAAAAUAAGUUAAAGCACAAUGGAAUUAUCAUCGGACAAUAUCGAAGAGUUAGCAACAGCUCUAACUUCUGAAACAUCCCAUGGGAAUGAUAUUUUCCAAAUGAAACCUGACCUUUCAUCAAUAGACGUAGAUCGUGUUAUAUCGGAAGCUCAAGACAGUUUGCUUAAAACUUCAAUGGAAGCAAUAAGAUCUUGUGAUGUUCCUUGUUCAUUCAAUGAUAUCCUUGACGAUAUCUGUAAAAUGAACAAUAAUAUAGAAAUGCAGCAGGCUGCAGCCAAUAAUGCAAUAUCCCAAAUGCCUUUGGAACCUACGGCAUUUUAUCAUAUGCCUGAUUUAGAAAUCCAGCCAGAAGAUUACACAUCUGAGUGUAACUUUUCAAAUCAAACUGAUUUCCUCCAACCGCUGAGUCAGUGGUCAGAAUAUCUCCCAUUGCCACCAUCUGCUUUGAGCAAUAUUCAAGACAUUCCACAGCUAGCUCCGAUUCCUACAAAGCCACCCUCUCCACUGCCAGAACCAGUGGCGAUUCCAGAAAUUGUUCCUUCUUCUGAGAGUUUUCCAACAACGAUCAAUAUCAAUCCAAAUCCCGAAGAGACAAAACUAGAGUCUUCUUUGCCGGUGACUCCUUUGCAGUUUUUCAAUAACUUUCAAUGUACAAUUCCUCCAGCAAUGCUAAACAACCAUACAAUUCAGCAAAGCGAAAUACAAAACAAUAAUUUACAGUUCGCACAAGCUCCAGAAGCUAAUAUAAACUUUAUGGUUCUUCCACAACAGCCCGUGGAGGAGACUCCAUUUAAACGAGUUGUGCCACAGCAGCCACCAUUUUUCGACUGGGCUCGAGUUGUUCCUCGAAGAGCAUUCAUUCAACCAUCUGAAAUUGUGGUUUUGCGUCCUUUGCGUACUCGGAAAGUUAUGUCAUCACGUCCGACCUUUGACCUAGCAUCGUAUUUCGAUACAAGUUCCAUUUCGAUUCCAAUGAUAAGGGAAAGACCUCGUCCGCGAACUCAUCGUCGAAAACAGAAACUUUAUACAAUCCCUGGAGCUGAUAACUUAGUAUUCGAAGUUCAGUUGGAUCUGGAUAAGGACUCCAACAACAACGACGAUCAAUUGUAUCCAGAAACUGAAAUACCCGAGUUGGAUGAAAUAUUUAAACGCAAACGUCGCACUCUUCACACUCACACUCGACGUAAUCCUCCACAUCAGGUUCGCAUUAAGACUCCUUCCCCACCACCUCCGCCUAUUGAAGAGGUUGCACAGGAGGAAAUUAAGGCAAAAUCACCAUCUCCAAGCAAAGAACCAGAACAAGAAGAAUCUUUAUCAGAUGUUGAUUCAGAUGAUGCUCCUCUAACGGUUAUCAAAUCAAUGAAAUGUACAAAUUGUAGAAAAAUAUUUAAAACUUGCAGAUCGCUUACAAUUCACUCGAAACGUUGUAAAGUUGUCCCUUCGAGUCCUAAAAAAGAAGAGUUGGUAACCAAAAUGGUGAAACAGUCUAAACCUCCUCGUAAAGUUUCGGUGCAAAGUUGUAGCACAAAAGAGAAUAUCAAUACAAAAAUAAAACAAAAUGGAGUGGGGAGACCUUUAACUCGUUCACAAACAAGAAAUGCUCUUAAACGCAAACCAACUGAGGAUAUUGAUGGUGGCGGUGAUGCUGUUGCUACUAAGAAGCUGUCCAAAUGAUGUGUUCUUGUCUUAUAAUUAUUAUAAUAUCCUUUAUAAUUUUUUUCAAUCUAGUUCUUCUAUUUAAUUUAAUGUUUAACGCUCAUUUAUUAUUGUUGUAAAAUAUAUAAUUUUCAAAUUGAAAUCUACCUAAAGAAAAUAAAUUUCUUGAGCUAAAUCAAAUGUUUU